AAAAGUUCCUAAUAGCGAUAUCCAUCAAUUCAUGUCAACCGGACGAAUUCUCCACUGAAAAGAUUCAAUGUGAAGGCUUCAUGAAAUUUUUAUUGGCAGCAAUUCCUCCCGUGGAAUCUCAUCUCACAUAUAUACUUGCCUUAGUACACACGUGUUGCUAGUAUUGUACUUACAAAGGCAAAUUCCUAAGUCCAGCCACACUCUGAGGCAAGACAAAACAAGUUCAAGCCCGGAGAACUGGAAAAGGCACGUGGAUAUCACACGGCAGCGUAUCGAUUUACCUGCUUCUCUGAUUCUCACUUGGUUUCUGCUUUCUGCUUUCUGGUUCUCUUAGUGGUAGCCGUCACACACUUGAGCAGAUUGCCUUUAUAUUUAUUUUGCCUUUACCUUCACUUCACCUCAUCAAUGUCUUCCGUUCUCCCAAAUGGGAACGCGUCAGCCCAACGAGUUCCAGCGUGGAAACGAUUGGGCCUCAAGCUUAAGCCUGCAUCUGAAGAGAGCCAGAACGCUACCCUACAUACGGAUACCGUUGCUCCGCCGGUGCCCAACCAUCAUCGGGAAAAUAUUGCCGGCCCUAUCAAUGUUAAUGCAAAGAGGAAAUCUUCUGGUGUUCCUGCAUUAGGCCAUUCGGCGAAAAAGCCAAAACGAGACGCCUCUCAAAGUCAAAUUGCUUCCACCCAGACACCAUCAAAAAAGGCCAAAUCCGUUUCGUUCGCUGCCGAGUCCACCCAACAAGCCGGGUCUGCAGCAACGACAAACAGCACACAAAUCAGAAACAAGCAAAAGCAACCAUCUCCUAAGAAAGCCGUCGCAGCUCCAGUCAAGAAGCAAGCUGCUGUUAAUUUGGAGCCAGCACUUUUGUAUUUACGUCAGUGGCACACAUCCAAGGACACCUGGAAGUUUAACAAAAAUCAUCAGACCAGGCUACUAGAACAGGUCUUUGCUGACGAGACCACUAUACCGGCGGCUGAUAUCAACGUCUUCUACGAAUAUAUCCGGGGUUUGAAGGGAGCUGUCAGAACGAGGCUUAGGGAGCUUGCAUCAGGCACCAAAGCACAGGACAUGGAACUAGGAUCACAAGGUUUCUCUGCCUCGAGCAAGGAGAUGAUUGAGAGGAGGCAGAGGGAAUACGAGGAAGUCAUUGCGGCUUUUCUACGUCAGCCAAGGAUAACAGGGAAGCGACGUUUCGACGAGAUAGACUACGUGCUACGGACUUCCGAUAUGGAGAUGCAACGUCGGGUUGUUAAGCGGAUGCGUUGUGAGAACGUGUUGGACGAACUGUCAGACAGCGAGACCGAAACAGUAUCAACUAUGACCACUGCCGAGGAUUCAGAGGGCGCUACGAGCGAAGGAGCUACGGCUGCAGCUGAGGAUGUUCAACGCCUAAGACUGAACGAUGGCCCCCUACAAAGGAUCAAGCGAAAGAGGAAAUCGCGGACUGUAGUCGUCGACGAAGAUACCAAUUCAGAAUCCGACUCCGGCUCCGAUUCUGGUUCAGACUCCGGCUCAGGUAGCAGCGAUAGUAGCAGCUCUGAUGAUGAAUCUGGAGACGAAGCAGCGCAGCCCCAAUUGCGUACAGACGAUGCCGACACAUCAUCUAGCAGCUCUUCCUCGGAGUCGGAAUCUGCUUCUGAUGAUUCGGACGACGAUUCGGAGGAUGACAAUUGAUCGGAAUAAAAAGAAAAAAUA